AUGAUUAAUAAUAUUAGUACUAAUAGCAGCAGUAUUUCAAUAUACUCCGAAGAACACUUGCUACAGGGAGCCAGUCCACGAAGACCACUAACUGUACCUGUCCCAUGGGCUUCCGACAAUCUUGAUGUGAUUUGCCAGGGGGUUCUGCCCUUGGGCCCCCAGGAUGGAAACAGAGGCGGAGUCAGACGGACUGAGUCGGACGUAGACGGAGACGACCGAACUGAGUCAGACGUAGACGGAGACGGACGGACAGAGACGGACGGGAGACUGGCACAUGCAUGGACGGACGGACAUAUGCCCGCGACGGAGACGGGCAUGUGCACGGAUAGAGACGGACGAAAACGGAGUUGGAGGCGGGAACAUGCACGGGCAGAGACGGACACAGAUACAGCAAUUUCAUUCUGGGGAGGCGCUCGCCCCUCUGCCCCCCCGCUUCCGCCGCCUAUGGAUACAGGAACAGGCACGGACAAAGACGGGCACAGAUACGAGCAAAGGCACGAAGAGAGACGGACGCAGAUACGGACACAGGCACGGACUGAGACGGACGCAGAUACGGACACAGGCACAAACAGAGACGGACACAGGCACGAACAGAUACGGACACAGGCACGAACAGAUACGGACACAGGCACGAAAAGAUACGGACAGAGAUGGACACAGGCACGGACAGAGACUGACAUAGAAACGAGCACAGGCACGGACACAGAUACGGCCACAGAUACGGCCACAGGCACGGACAGAGACGGGCACAGGCACGGACAGAUACGGGCACGGGCACGGACAGAGACGGCCACAGGCACGGACAGAGACGGGCACAGGCACGGACAGAGACGGCCACAGGCACGGACAGAGACGGGCACAGGCACGGACAGAGACGGCCACAGGCACGGACAGAGACGGGCACAGGCACGGACAGAUACGGGCACGGGCACGGACAGAGACGGACGCAGAUACGGGCACAGUCACGGCCAGAGACGGACCCAGAUACAGACACAGGCACGGACAGAGACGGACGCAGAUACGGGCACAGGAACGGACAGAAAAGAUACGGACACAGGCACGGACAGAGACAGGACACAGGCACGAACAGAGACGGACACAGGCACGGACAGAGACGGACGCAGAUACGGACACAGGCACGAACAGAUACGGACACAGGAACGGACAGAGACAGGACACAGGCACGGACGCAGAUACGAACACAUGCACGGACAGAGACAGACACAGACACGGUCAGAUACGGACACAGGCACGGAUAGAGACGGACACGGGCACGGACGGAGACGGACGCAGAUACGGACACAGGCACGAACGGAGACGGACACAGGUACGGACAGAAAUGGACACAGGCACGGACAAAGAUGGACGCAGAUACGGACAGAGACGGACGCAGGCACGGACAGAGACGGACGCAGACACGGACAGAGACGGACACAGGCACGGACAGUUACGGACACAGACACGGACAGUUACGGACACAGGCACAGACAGAGACGGACACAGGCACGGACAGAGACGGACACAGAGACGGACGCAGAUACGGACACAGGCACGGACAGAGACGGACACAGGCACGGACAGAGACGGACGCAGAUACGGACACAGGCACGGACAGAGACGGACACAGGCACGGACAGAGACGGACACAGAUACAGGCACGGACAGAUACGACCACAGGCACGGACAGAGACGGACACAGGCACGGACAGAGCCGGACACAGGCACGGACAGAGACGGACACAGGCACGGACAGAGCCGGACACAGGCACGGACAGAGACGGACGCAGAUACGGGCACAGGCACGGACAGAUACGGACACAGGCACGGACAGAGAUGGACACAGGCACGGACAGAGACGGACGCAGAUACGGACACAGGCACGGACUGAGACGGACACAGGCACGGACUGAGACGGACACAGGCACGGACAGAGAUGGACACAGGCACGGACAGAGACGGACACAGGCACGGACAGAGACGGACGCAGAUACGGACACAGGUACGGACAGAGACGGACACAGGCACGGACAGAGACGGACACAGGCACGGACAGAGACGGACGCAGAUACGGACACAGGCACGGACAGAUACAGGCAGAAGAACGGACAGAAACGGACACAGGCACGGACAGAGACGGACACAGGCACGGACAGAGACGGACACAGAUACAGGCACAGACACGGACAAAACCGACACAGGCACGGACAGAGACGGACACAGGCACGGAUAGAGAGGGACACAGAUACGGACACAGGCACGGACAGAGACGAACAUAGGCACGGACAGAGACGGGCACAGAUACGGACACAAGCACGGACAGAUACAGGCACAAGAACGGACAGAGACGGACACAGGCACGGACAGAGACGGGCACAAAUAUGA